GGCAUUCCACUAGAGUUUGGCACGGGCGCAGUAGUCUGGGUGGGUGUUUUUUUGGGUGAUUGACGCCGACCAACGACGAUUCGAGCAGGAGGAGACUCGAAUCGAGCGCGUCACGCAAGGACCGAGGAAUCGUGCCAUGCAGAUUGUGGCGGGUGAAUCGUAUGCUCGGCGAUUCUGUUGAGGGCGGGAAAUUCGACGCAUCACGAAACGAAUCACGGAAAGUGCGUCCACAGCUCGCACGUGGGGCUUGUGCGGCAAGAGGCGGGUUGACUGGGGCGUGUACGGUAGCGAGGACGGGGGAGGAAGAAGAACGAAGACCCAAAGGAGAGCAGGACAGAGUGAGAGAGAGGUGAUGGUGGAGGAGAAGAAGGAGAAGAGGAUAAGUAAGGGGGACAAACUUGGUGAUGGCCAUGAUUUACUGUAGCACCACGAAGAUUAGUAGGAGGAUCGAGGGUAAUAUUAGUAUUGUACAGGACAUGGCGCUAAGGGGCUAGAAGAUGAGCCCUGCGAGCGGGAGGGGAAAAUCAGAGGGGGAGCUAGGAGCGUCAAUGUUGCAAGUAGAUGUCGAAGAAUAGAGGACUGAGGGAGCGGAGAGCAGACAAAGGGUUGUAGGAGGUGGAGCAGUGGUAGUAGUAGUAGUACUAGCAGGAGGAGGAGGAGGAGGGAGGAAGGGGGGGAGGAGAGAAGGAACAGCUGAGCGAGAGCGAGAGCAACGUGUGGUGCAGUGCGGGGCAUCAAUGCCGUCAUCCAGGUUCAUCGAAUAUUUUGUCGUAUGUGGGCUUGGCCCUGACAUCACGACGCUAUGGGAGCGGAGGAAAGGCUAUUUUGGGAUAAACGAUGGGCGACCCGUACAGUAUGCACCGGCCAUGCUGGACCAGUUUCCUCCCGUCAAUCAUGCCGAUGGCAAACCCCCAGACCUCCUUCCACUGUGUGUGCUUCCUGGAGGGGUGGAACUUCACACCAGUGGUCCCGAUCCAAGCAAUGAAGCUUCUUUGCCACAUGCCUAUCCUGUUGUUCUUACUUAGUGCCACGCCAGCAACAUGACGGGCCUGCCAGGCCAACUGGCCAAUGAGCCCAUUGCCGACUACAAAAAGCGCAUCCAUGCUCAGCUCGCUGCAAUCGAGGCUGAGGAACAACGCCAGCUGGCAGUCAAGGCUGCCCAGCUACAGGCGGAUGAAGCGGCAACAGCAGAGAAGCUGCGGCUACGGGCCGAAGCAGACGCAGAUGCCCAGGCUCUGCUGCAGCGGCAUGGAGCCAACAGCAUCGAGAAACUCAAGUAUUGGCACUUUGAACCGAACGGCGACGAGCCAACACCGGAAGAGCAUCAUAAGGAGUUCAUGGCCAAGCUCGUGAGCAGGUUGGUUUACACAUGUAACCACCUACAGUCCGAGCUGGCAAACCUCCAGCGGGCCGUGCGGAAUCACAAGACGGAGCACGGGGAUGCCACACGGGCACUGGACGCCCGUGUACUAGGCCUGGAACAGGCUGUACCAGGACCAGAUGCUGGAGCUUCCAGCAGUGCAUCCUCUAGCCGCCRACUGGAGGAACRCKUUGAGCACGUAGUGGCAAUGCUAGAAGACACAAGUGUCUUCACAGAGCYGGCCACCAUCAGCCAGCGGUUCSAGUUGCUGGACACUAAGAUCAGUCAGCAACAGCAGACUGACCACAGCCACAACAACAGCUCGGCGAGGCCAUACAAGAUGCCGACUGCUCUGUUCAUCAACACCAAGGGAGGUUGUCAGAUCUGGCUCAGCCACAUGGCAACCAUCCACGGCGUCCAGGUUUCAGACCUGUACAAGGUCUCCUGGGAAGACAUGACAAAGGAAUGGAAGAAGCGGUUCAUCGUCGACGACACCCCGGCACUCGCCGUCAACCGCAUCUUCACGAUGGCUCAAGGGAGCACACUGACACGUGACUGGCUCACGGAUUGGCAGAAAAUCGUGGCGACGCCCGAUUUGGACUUGUCAUUUCCGCAUCUGCGGCGUGAGUUCUACAACAGGUCAUGUGCCGCUCUCAGCCUCGCACUGGGUGAUCGCGAGCAGUACAACACUUUCGCAGAGAUCAUCAACAAGGCGAGAGAGCUCAUCAAGACUAACAGGCCGGCUGCACACGAGAAGUCCACCUGGCAGCCCACCUAUGUGGAGAAGGUACGAACUGGUCCGCGACAGCAGCAGUUCGCUGCAGUCCAGUUGGACAGUGGAGAUAACCGAGCAGCCACUCCAGCAUCAAGUGACGAAGAUCAGGUGGCUGCUGUCCAGCCGCGAAGCAACAACAAGUCCCGCAACAAUGGGAAGGCGAAAUCCGCAUCGCAGGCAGGAAAUGGACAGCCAGGACAAUUUCCAUGGGUCAAGUUUUGCUUGACCGAGGCGGAGUACAAGGUCCGCGGCCGCUACAGCAGCUGCUACUGGUGCAACAGCACCAAGCACAAGACCUCCCUGUGCCAAGAUCACGGCAAGGAGGAUCCUAUGCAAGUCACUCUGGCAGACGGUCAUACGCACAAGUCCAUCGACCGGUGCAUUGACGCCGUCCAAGUGUACUUUGCCCCUCACGCAAGUGAGGCGGUGUCCUUUGACAUUCUGGACACCAAAUUCGAMAUGAUCUUGGGCAUGUCAUGGCUGCGAAGCGAGGAUCACUCGGUGAACUUCUUCCACCGCUGCGUUCACAUCCGUGAUCGGAACGGAGUACUAGUUCCAUGCACGGUGCCUCUUCCUCAUCCUUCGAUCAGCUGCCACGUGGUAUCCGCCGCAAGCAUGCGAGCUUCUAUCAUCAGAGACGACAUCGAGGACAUGGGGGUGUGUUUUCUCCACGCCCUCCCGCCCCAUGACGCUUCAUCGACGGACUCACCUUCGGAUCCACGCAUCACUGAACUUCUCGACGCCUACAGCGACGUGUUCGAAGGCCCGCAUGGAGUAGUACUGGAUCGACCCAUCCGCCACGAGAUCAUCCUCGAGGAUGGGGCUGUACCUCUGCGCGGUUGCAUCUACCGAAUGAGCGAGGAAGAGUUAAGUGUGCUUCGGGCACAACUCGACGACCUUCUGGAGAAAGGCUGGAUUCGACCUAGCUCAUCGCCAUACGGUGCUCCUGUUCUCUUCGUCCGGAAGAAGAACAAGGACCAAUGGUUGUGCAUCGAUUAUCGCAAACUCAACGCGCAGAUGAUCAGGAACGUCGGCCCUCUCCCACGCAUCGACGACCUUUUCGAGCGGUUGGGCGGCGCCCAGUUCUUCUCCAAGCUGGAUCUCAAGUCAGGGUACCACCAACUCGAGAUUCGCAAGGAGGAUCGCUACAAGACUGCGUUCAAGACACGAGAUGGGCAUUUCGAAUGGCUGGUCAUGCCAUUUGGCCUUACGAAUGCUCCAACCACUUUCCAAGCGGCUAUGACGACGGAGUUCCGACACAUGCUGGAUCGUUUCGUAAUUAUCUACGUCGACGACAUCCUGACCAAGUACAAAGCCAACCGCGACAAGUGCGAAUUCGCACGGCAGGAGCUGGAGUACUUGGGACAUUAUGUGACGCCGCAAGGCAUCCGUCUGCUUGCGGACAAGAUCGAGGACCUACGAGUAUGGCCCGAGCCCACCAACACCACGGACGUUCGUUCAUUCAUGAAAUUUGCGGGCUACUAUCAGCGAUUCAUCACCGGAUAUUCCAGGACUGCUGCACCUAUGACGARGUUACAGUCGCCAAAGGUGCCAUUCGUAUUCGAUGACGACGCACGCCGGUCAUUCCAGGCACUUAACACGGCUAUGCUGAUGGCACCCGUCCUUAGCAUCUAUGACCCCACACUGCCGACGCGAGUGACUACGGACGCUUCCGGCUAUGGCAUUGGGGCAGUCUUGGAACAGCACGACGGCGAGGAAUGGCACCCUGUGGAGUAUUUCAGUCACAAAGUGCCUCCCAUCAACUCGCUUGAUGAUGCAAGGAAGGAGCUGCUCUCAUUCGUGAUGGCUCUCAAGCGCCGGCGGCACUUCCUCCUUGGGCGUCGUAGGUUCACAUGGGUCACAGACAACAAUCCAUUGACCUACUUCAAGACGCAGGACACGGUGAGCAGCACGAUCAGACGAUGGAUGUACUUCAUCAACCAAUUUGACUUCAGACCGAAACAUGUCCCCGGCCUCUCCCAUUGCGCAGCAGAUGCACUUUGCGAAGACCUGAUCUUUGCGCUAUGUCACAUCAUGCCUUCGCAUUCGACGAGGAGCUUCAGCGACACUUCAUCCGGGCAUAUCAGUCUGAUCCGGACUUCGGCACGCUCUAUGCACAGCUAUCUUCGGAUCACCCGUCGGCCAGCCAUUUUCGCAUUGCCGACCGGUACUUGCUCCUCCACUCGAAAGGUAAGGACUUACUAUGUGUCCCACGCGAUCGUCGUCUUCAGACUCGCCUCCUCGGCGAGUAUCAUGAUUCACGACUCGCCGGCCAUUUCGGAGUCAACCGCACUAUUCCACGGCUUCGACAGCGAUUCCGAUGGCACGACCUCAUUACCGAUGUCACUCGGUAUUGCGACUCUUGCGAAGUUUGCCGACGCAGCAAGCCCCGCAACCGCAAUCCCUACGGCGAAAGACAUUGUCAGCGACCGCGACACUCGUUUCAUGUCGGAGUUUUGGACUGCUCUCAUGCAGGAGUCCGACACGACAAUGAAACCAAGUUCGGCUCGACAUCCUCAGACAGACGGGCAGACGGAGCGGGCACAUCAAACCGCUCAAAUGAUGCUUCGUACGCGCAUCCAUCCGGACCAGAAAGAUUGGGUUGACCGCCUCCCCGACAUCGAGUUCGCCUACAACACUUCGGUGCAUCCGGCGAGCGGCGUGACUCCAUUCGAGUUGCACCACGGUGGACGGAAAGGCCGGAUCUUCGCCGACCUUCUCCUCCCUCGACCAGCCGACAUUGACGCUGCCUGCUCUCCCGCUUCAGUCCGGAAGUACAGGGAAUUGCUGACUCAAGCCUGCGCAAAUAUGCAAAAGGCUCAAGUCCGCAUGCAGCAGCAAGCCAACAGGUGUCGCGUAGCAUGUCCCAUCCGCGCCGGUGAUCUGGUUUGGGUCUCCGCGGAAGAGUUUGCACUGGAACAGGAUGUUUCACGCAAACUGCUUCCCAAGUGGUUUGGACCUUGGUCUGUGACAACAGCCGCGGGCGAUGAGCCCGAUGGCCCUUCAUUUGUGAUCAACAUUCCAAAGCAUCUGACGUUCCAGCCGGUCUUCCACGCCUCGAAGCUGGCAACAUACACGCCAGCCAAGAGCGACGACUUUCCGGACCGACGAUCGCAGGACCCUCCUUUUAUGGAUGGCCAUCAGGAAGUUGACCGCGUCAUCACCGAUCGCAAGUACGGCAGUAAGCCGCGGCACUACAAAGUCACAUUCAAAGCAUUGGAUCGCGACGACACUCGGUGGAUUUCAGGCGCAGAUUUGAAAGCAUCCGCACCGCUGAUCUACGCGCAUUAUGAAAAGCGGAGGUUAGCUCAGGAAGCUUCACGACCUGCCCCUCCCACCCGGACUGUGGUCCCUCCCUCAAACAGACAGCUUCGCCCUCGCAGCAGAGCCUCUGAAUCUGCUGGGGUCUCUGCCUUGUCAGUGGAGGUGUGAACACGCACAGCCACUUGAAAUGGAUGGGGUCAAGUGGUCUGCAUCACUUCUGCCCCCACUCACAGCCACCGAGGUGAUUUGAGGAGUCGCAAAAUUAUGAGGUACUGACUCGCUACUUUUGCGAGGGGGGGGGGGGGGGAGUUCUGCUGUGUGUGCUCAAAGUUAGGGUUGCUUGUGAUUUGCCCGACUUUGAACAAUUUCAACAGCAAUCAUUCAUCCAAACCGCAUUGAAAUCAAAUCACGCUUGAUAG